UGCUUCGAAACGGUCGCGUUUUUCAGUUGCUUGCGCAGCAGUUAGCUUCUCUCGUAUCGUGCUGUGAUUGAUCCGGUUGCAGAUUUUGUAGUUGUGAAUCUUCAUGAUUUGAUUGUUGUUCGAGUUUUAUCCAGGCGCGGUUUCGCUCCUUUGCAGGGCACACUAUCAAUGGUCUGCCGGUUGUUUGUCGGCGAAUUUUUGUUAUGGUGAUUAUCCUGCGAUUGGUCGUGUGUUCUUCAAUUAUAACUAGAAGAUAAGAAUCGAUUUGGCCACAUCUCACGCUCAACUGUACAGGGUAAACCAAUGAAGAGAAGAAAACGAAGAAAAAGUGCAUUCGGAACGAGUGUCCAAACUGAUUGCUGUUAGUGCAGUUGGCUAGGGGGUGAAAUCAUCGAACGGUCGCCGGCGGACGUCGGUGAUGUAGAAAUAUGCUGUAAAUAUGUGACGAUCGAGAAUCAACUGAGGCCAAAGCAGUAGCAACAGCGGUAGAGAAAGUCCGUCUGAUAAUCGACGGUGCAGUUUUCUGCCUGUGCGACUCGAGCGACAACCGCUGAAAUAUUACUAGUAAGCGACGAACUUGUUUCUGUGACGUCACAACAACUAUAUGUUAACGCAAAAUUAUAGUCCACACAAGCUAGAGGAAUAACAUGAGCUUAAGGAGCUACGUCUGGCCAAGUAUCGUUAUCUUCCUAGGAUUACUUUCAACCGAAAAAUGUUGGUCCGCAACUGCGGAUGACUUAGCUGGUCUGUCCGAGAGAGAAGUUGUGGAAGCUCUUGUGAGAAAGUGGGCCCCCUUGGUUUGGUUGGCACCGAACGAAAAGUAUCUACCAGGGUCAGUGUCAACGUUCCUGGAGCACGUGCAUGCUGAGAAGGUAAAAGUUGUAACGGUUUAUCCGGGCAACGAAAUAUCGGACGUCAGUGAGUUGAACCACUAUCCAUACUAUUAUGAUACCGAUAAUGAGCUGACCUACUACGAUCCAACGGUACGGCAAGCCCGUAACCGGAACAAGCGCAACUUUCGUGAUCCAUCAACAUCACUCGAUCUGUUGUUUGACCUACCAAUUGGAAACGAGUCUAAGAAUUGGUACCUGGUCACCAACAAUGAAGUCGAGGAGCUUAUAACUGAUAAAAGCUCUUUCAUAUAUGGACAGAACCCACAAAAAGAAAAUGUGCCAAUCUACGCUGUCGUGAGCAUGUGCCGUUCGACGUCCGCCACGGUUGGAUCGCCGUCACUUGUAGCCGCCGUGGCAGCAGCCGCAGCCGCUGAAGGAACUCCUCCACCGGUUACAGCAGUGCCAGUAUCACUUUCGUCCUCUGUGCCACUGCAACCGCCAACGACCACUUAUCCUCCACCAUCCGCUACGGCGCAUCACUAUAAUCACGUUGAAAAUGAAGUAGUGUAUAACACAAUAGACCACAUCGGUUACAAACGCCAAUCGUACGCACCAGUGCACAAAAACCUCUUCGAAUUGCAACCAGAACUCAAACCAGAUAUAAAUAAGAUCGAGAAAAGCAUUAGACUCAUACGGAAGCGUCGACGGCGAGGAAUUUCGAUGCCACAAAUGCCAGUGUUGAGUAACAGAGGUAAGGACGAGGAAGUUACCGAAAGCCCCAGUGAGGAGUUAUUAGACAAACUAAUGGAGGGUCGCGCAGAAGAUGAAGAGGAUGAUGACAACGAAAGUUUUAUUAACAAUGAUAACGACGCUGAUGAGUGGGAAACCAUUACGGAACGACGCGAUGGCAUCACGAUUCAGAGUGGAGAUGAUUCUAAUGACUAUCCGCACUUUCAUGUGACCUACUGGAUGUUUUAUCCAUACAGCCAGGGUAAGGUUAUCUGUACCGUCAAUCUAGGCCCUCUAGGGCCAUGGCCAAUCCCUCUUCUUUUUGGCAUGUGUCUUGGAACCAAAAAGGAAUUCGGAAGCCAUGUUGGCGAUUGGGAACACAUGAGCUUAUUUUUUAGGGGCAAAAAGGAACCUGACGAAAUGUAUGUCUCAGCUCACGAUGCCGGAGCGUUCUAUUCAUACGAACGACUCACGGGUACGUUCGAGUAUCGCAGUCAGGAAACACGUAAAGGAAUCCUACAGCGGCCAACUUUUCCAAAGACGGUAAUCACCUCCGGUAAUCAUCCAGUUUUAUUCGCAGCUGAGGGAUCUCACGGUCUAUGGACGGCACCCGGAAAGCACAAAUAUGUGCGCGUUCCUCGGCUGUAUGAUGUAAACGGUUUCGGCACACCAUGGACAACGUGGAAAAGUGUCGAAGUGAUUCACGAAAAUGAUUCUAAAGGCCGCACUGCACUGAACCCCAAAUGGCUAAAAUUCAAUGGUCGCUGGGGAAAUCCGAAAAAUCGCUGUCAUCCGUUGAAACGUUUUGGUUUGCACAUCUGUGAGCUGACCGAUGGCCCAACUGGAAUACCACGAAAAAAGCCCCAUUUUAAGUGCAAAAAGCGAUAACUUUCCAAGCACUCUCUCUCUCUGCAUUAUCUUUAGGAUUUAGUAAUUACUAUUUAUUUGGUAUUUUAAUAAUUUAUUUAUUGCUUUGUUCUUCUUCCGCCAUGGCGUCAUAUUCUCACAGCUUAGAUCAUCAUUUAUUUAUUUUAAUUUCUCUCAUGUGCCUUUUAUCUAUACAAAAUUUAAAAGCAUAUAUUCUCAUCUAAACCCAUUUCAUGCUAGCACUAUCGCUUCAUUUUAUUUACGCAAAAACUUUGAAAAAGUUGAAAACCUACAAACUUCCAUUGUGAUUUGAUAAACAUGUUCCACUUAGUAUUCGAUGUAUCAUUGUGAAAUGUAAAUAAAAAUGUUAUUUUAU